CAUAGUCUCAAAGAGGAGCAGAGUGCGAGGAACACACACCCACACACAAACACCCCCGCACACACAUACAUAUGUAGCAGCCUCAUCCACUGCCAGGGCUCACAUAGUGAGGGCAACAGGAGAAGAGCCGAUUCCUGUUAUCGGGGGCCCCCAGAUCACAUCACAGCAGGAUGCUGGUGGAGGACGUGGUGGUGUCCCUCUCCGGAGGAGCUCCGUGGGGCUUCAGACUGCAGGGGGGAGCGGAACACGAGAGGCCCCUGCAGGUGGCCAAGGUUCGACGGCGCAGCAAAGCGUGCAGAGCUGGCCUGAAGGAGGAUGAUGAGCUGGUUGCCAUUGGAGAUCAAACGUGUACGGAGCUCAGUCACAGUCAGGCCAUGAAUCUCAUCGACAUGCAGAGUGCCACACUCAACCUGAGGGUCAAGAGGGCUCCGGCCUUCUGUGUGUCCUCGGCCUCUCCUCGCGUCGCUGGACGGGGGAUGCUCUCGCCUCCAGUCGGGGGCGGAGUCUGCAUCACCUCCCCCCCGGACAGCGAGGCCUACUACGGCGAGACGGACAGCGACGCGGACAUACAGACGCCCGCGCUCCGGCGCCAACGACGGACUCCUCCGCACCCGCGGUCGCCGGCCCGCUAUGAGUCCCGCGACGAGGAGGAGACCACCUCGGAGAUGAGCGGGUACGAGAGCGCCCCGGACGGAGGGGGGUUCCUGCACGCCUUGUGGGAGCCCACCAGAGCUCUGGAAGGCUUACCGGGCGUGCCCCGCAGAGAGCUGGUCUACCAGCCCCCCGAGGAGAGGGCCGCCGACCACCCCGCGCCGCUCACGCCACACACUCUGACCCCUCGCACCCUCACCCCGACCCAGGACCAGGGCCUGAUGGACGGGGAGGGGGAGGUGGACAGCGGCUUCCAGGAGGCAGGGAGCUGCGUGCCCCUCGUGUCCCUUGAACGGGCCAAGGAGGCCAUGAUGAUGGGGUCCAGUAGGCAGCUGGUGCCCAUGGUGGGACCCCAGCUCGGACCCAUCAGCGAUGAACUCUCCACUUCCUACGUGGACAAGGCUAUACAAGCCAAGCUUCAUCGCGGGGAGAGUGUGGUGGAGAAGCAGGUGAAGGAGGCGCGCACCAAGUGCCGGUCCAUCGCCUCUCUGCUGACAGACGCCCCCAACCCCAACUCCAAGGGGGUGCUCAUGUUCAAGAAGCGCCGGCAGAGGGCCAAGAAAUACACGCUGACCUGCUUUGGCAAGGCCGAGGGGGAGGACACUGAGGGGGACACCGGGGGGGAGACGGAGGAGGAAGAGGGGGGAGGUUCCGCCCUCAGCGGCUCUGAGGUCGAGGAAGAGGAUUUCUCGGCGUCCUACGACCCGACGUGGGACAGCGGCUACCUGGACCUGCUGGACCGCAUGAGCUCCGCCUGCCCGGGCACCACCCCCACCACCCCCACCACCCCCACCACGCCGUCCACCCAUCGCAACCCGGGGCUCGACCCCUCGGCCUAUCAGAGCCCGGGGUCGGAGUACACAGGGUACAACGGCGUGGCCUUCCAAGGCCCCAGGCUGGAGAGCGGCAGCGCGAAGCAGCCAAUCGCGGCGGCGCUCGCGGCUCCCCACUCCGCCCCCAUGUCCCCCCACGCGGCGGCCCUGACCAACGGGGCGUCGAUGGUGGUCAGCCGGGCCAGCGUGGUCCUGACCCCGGCCGCUGCGGCACCAGGCUCUUACCAAGCUGGGCCCCGGCCGCAGCAGCAGCAGCAGCAGCAUCAUCAUCAGCAGCCCACAGCCUACCAGCACCUCGAUCCCGCCGUGAACUCAGAGCACCACGCCCUCGCCGCCGCCGCGCCCCCCAACGCCAACGCCGCCGCCGGCGUCCUGAACCGCACCGCCCGACCCUUCGGCUCCGGCCCCGGCGCCGCCCGGGCCCCCGUGGCCUUCCGUCCGCCCCAGCCUAGGCCCGCCGCCGCCGCCGCCUCUGUUGCCGCGGUGACCAGGCCGGUGACGGCCGUUUCCGCGGUGACGAUACAGCCGCAGCGGCCGUUGCCGGGGCACGAGGCCAGGAGAGCGGUGUCCACCACCUCCCUCUACAUCUCCCCCAGAGGCAACGGCGGCAACACCCCACCCCCCCCCACCCCGCUGCCCCCACCCAGUUGGCCUUCCAGCCCCAGACCAACGGUCAGCCCCUAUAGCAACGUGACAGGUAGCCCUGUGACUCACCCGGCCCCCGUCGCUACCAUGGCAACCGCGGGGUCUCCGCAGCAGCCCCCUCCUCCUCCUCCUCCUCCUCAGGCCGACUCCCUGGCGUCCCGGGAGCAGCGCAUCUCCGUGCCGGCCGCGCGCACCGGCAUCCUGCAGGACGCCCGUCGCCGUGCCAACAACAAGCCCAUGUUCUGCGCCGUGCAGAACAAGGACGUGUCGCCCAACCCGGCGCUGCUCUCCAUGCUGCAGAACAUGGACUCCCCUACGGGGCCCACCGGCCCGGCCCAGGCCCCGCCCCCCGCGGGGGACGCCGGGGGCCACGAGUCGGGCCCCGAGGAGGACUGGCUGCGGCUCGGGGCGGAGGCCUGUAACUUCAUGCAGGCCCAGCGUGGGCCCCGGCCCCCUCCCGUGGCCCCCAAGCCCCAGGCGCCCCAGGCCCCCCAGAUGGGCCAGAUGGAGGGUAAAGGCGGGCAGCUGUUUGCCCGCAGACAGAGCCGGAUGGACCGCUACGUGGUGGACCGCUCGCCCUCUGCGGCCGCCGCGCCCUUCUCCCCCGGGCGGCCCAGAGAGGCCUCCCCGACCCCCUCCCUCCCCGCCACCUGGAAGUACUCGUCCAGCAUCCGAGCCCCGCCGCCCAUCAGCUACAACCCCCUCCUCUCCCCCUCCUGCCCCCUCAAGGCCCAGAAGCCCCAGAAGGCUGAGGCGGGGAGAGCGGGGCCGAAGACCGGAUCCAAAACGGCCGCAAAGAAAGGGGGCCUCAAGCCCUUGGAGAUCAUGACUCAUCAGCCGUACCAGCUCAACUCGUCGCUCUUCACCUACGUGCCCGGCGCCCCUCAGAUGACCUCCAGCCCCCAGCGGCCCCAGCAGCAGCAGCAGCAGCAGCAGCAGCAGAGAGGCACGAUGGGGGGUUACCAGACCCCCAUGCAAACGGCGCGAGUGCGCGAGGUCAAGCGCUUCUCCACGCCCCCCCCCGUGGCGACGGGGCCCUCCCUGAAGGUCCUCAUACCGCGGUCAGUCACCUCCCUGGGCGAGCCCACCUGGCGCUCCGAGCCCGCCUUCUCCUACCAGCCGGCCCCGGGCCACCCCCAGCCCCAGCCCCAGCCCCAGCCCCAGCCCCAGCCCGGCAGCCCCGCCUGCUACUACCCUCAGGCCUCUCAGUGGGCCGCCUCCUCCCCGCUGUCCCCUCCGGCUCCACCCGCUCCCACAGCUCCUCUCCCCCAGCUUCCCUACCUGACCUCGGUGCAUCAAGGGGCCCCCAUGCACGUCCCCACCUUCUCCCACCGCCAGGGAUCUGGCUCGGAGCAGGCCAACCGGCAGUUUAUCAGCGUUCCAGAUCUGAGCCCCACCAACGGGUACCGCCCCUCGUCCAGGAGCAGCCAGUCUUCGGUGGGCGGUCUGAGACCCAGGUUCAGCACCAGCAACCUGGGCCUGCAGCCCUGUGUCUGGCGGCCAGGAGCCACCAUGCACUGAGGGGAGACGGCUCGGUCGAAUGAACUGAACAGCACCCCCUUGUGGCCGGAACCGUAGAGGACAUCUUUACACCAGGGGUCUUUUCAAUGAGGCCAUGUUGAGACAUAAUUUAGUUGUAAGCACGGAGUAGUUGAUUUUCAAUUGGGUUUCAAAUCAAAUCUGUUCACCAUUAAAGCACGUUUUUUUUUUUUUUUUUUUUUAAUGUAUCUGUCACUUGGAGCACAUUUUAAUAUUCCUUUAGAGCUGUAGUCGUCCACGUUCAAUGUAGUUGUUUGCAUUUUAUUGUUGUUAUUGGGAACACUGUGUGACAUAAAGAAAAUGUAAGAAUGACUGCGGUGGACGAAUCGAUAUGGUGGAGUUAAGAAACAUGGUCGGACUAGGUUGUGAAGGUCAGAAGACAACUUUGAUGAAAUGUACUGUAAAUACUUGAAGAGAUAUUAAUAUUGAGAAGCAAUGAUGAAUACAGUCUGAGGAAUCGGGUCGAAGAAUCCGGGAUGUGUUAAAAGAAGAGGAAGACAGAGACAGAGCGAACAGACCGAACUGAAAGAGAGGGAGAGAUAUAAAACAGACAAUGAAAUAAUCUGGGGAGCGGUUACCAAGCCCUCGUCCGCAGAUUGAAAAGCCAGUGUACGUGAAUACCAACCUCCCAAAUCUCAUUGAAUAUUCUUUGUAUUGUACUUUAAGAGCAUGAGCCAUGCUAAGGUAUGUUAAUGACUUUUUGUGUCAGUGGUUUAUAGAUGCACCUACCUGCUCUCUGUCACAGUGUUGUUUUGUGUGUGUGCCUCGAUAUAAUCUUUUUUUCACUGGGUGAAAGCACUUUUACCAUGAAUAAGAUGAUAUGGUAGUGGGGGAGGGGGGGAGCUUGGGGGGCAUAAGUUUAUGUUAAAUCUAGAGUAGGGAACUUUUUGGCAUGAAAACAAAUGCAGUUUGAGGUAAAUAUAUCUUUAGCUGUAACUCUGUACCACAAAGCGAGCUUCGGAAUAAAAAUAGAAGUCACCUCA